AUGCAAGGGGGGGGCCCUCGCUCUUCUGGCGUCCCUCUGGACGCCUCAAGAAUUGCUACGAUGCUGCUGCAGCGGAAGCCAACUGAAAAUAAACAAAAUGCUGAUGGGGGCCCCCGCAGGGGCCCCCGGCCGGGGCCCCGGGAGUCAAGCAGCAGCAGCAGCAGCAGCAGUAGCAGCAGCAGCAGCAGCAACAUUAGCAGCAGCACCAACAACAACAACAGCAGCAGCAGCAGCGGAAGAGUUAAAGCCCCCUCUCAGCAACUGUGGAGACCCCGCUCUAGAACACAGGAAGCGGAUAUGAAGCUGCAGCAGCAACAGCAGCAGCAGCAACAACAGCAGCAGCAACAGCAACAACAGCAACAACAACAGCAGCAGCAGCAGCAAAAACAGGAGCAGCAGCCUACGGACGCUUCUGCUGCAGUUCAAGCCACAGCUGCGGUGUACAAAGCAAAAUCUCAAACGAAGGUUGCUGUAAGACAUAUUGACCCCAGCUUAACUGAACAAGAUUUGCUGCAGCAGAUGCCGCAGGAGCUGCUGCAGGCUGUUGUCUCCUCUUAUUUAAUCCAUGGUAGACAGUUGGAGUGA